CAUGAGGGAAUACAGGUGGAAGGAUUUCAUUCUCUCCAAUCCUGCUGUUGUUGACCAGAAUGCGCACGUGGACGAGGCCGAUAAGAACUCCGGCCGAGGAAACUGGGCCAGUAAGAAGGAGUACAUCCUUUCCACAAUCGGCUAUGCUGUCGGCCUCGGGAAUAUCUGGAGAUUCCCCUACCUGGCCUACAAGAACGGAGGGGGAGCCUUUCUUAUACCUUAUUUUGUGAUGUUGGUGCUCGCUGGGAUUCCUCUUUACUUCUUGGAAAGUGCAUUGGGACAAUUUUGCAGCCAAGGCCCAAUUCAUGUCUGGAGAGCAGUGCCAAUACUUCAAGGUGUCGGUGUCGCCAUGGUCAUUGUGACCUUCAUAUUAUCCACCUACUACAAUGCCAUCAUGGCCUACUGUCUGCACUACAUGUUUGCCUCCUUCCAGUCUUCUCUGCCCUGGUCCCGUUGCUUCAGUUGGACCAACAGCAACUGCGGCAACUCCUCCAGAGUGUAUUGCAACAUAAGUGGUGUUUUAAUGGCCAACUGGACCACGGACAACAUGACUUGCCCUUCAUCUGACAUCAUCUUGGUGCCAGCGCAGAGUCCUAGUGAGCAGUACUGGGACCACACGGUUUUGCAGAGAUCGGGCGGUAUCGAGGAGACGGGUCCGAUAGUUUGGCAAUUGGCUCUCUGUUUGCUGCUCAGCUCCAUCCUUGUCGGUGCAGCGCUUGUCAGAGGCAUCAAGUCAUCAGGCAAAGUCGUGUAUUUCACUGCUACAUUCCCGUAUGUGGUGCUUGUGAUUCUGCUUAUCCGUGGAGUGACACUAGAGGGAGCCAGAGAUGGGAUAGAGUUUUAUAUAGGUUCCCAGUCCAACUUGACUAAGCUGUAUGAGGCACAAGUGUGGAAAGACGCAGCGACUCAGACCUUCUUUUCCCUGUCAAUUGGUUGGGGCGGAGUCAUGACCCUUGCUUCCUAUAGCAAAUUCCACAACAGCACGUUGAAGGAUUCAUUCAUUGUGACACUCACUAACGCUGGCACUAGCGUUCUGGCAGGUUUUGCCAUAUUUUCCAUUUUGGGCCAUAUGGCUCAUGUUUACCAAAUGCCUGUCGGGGAAGUGGUGAAGGAAGGUUUCGGCUUGGCCUUCAUCGCAUACCCAGACGCGCUGUCGAAACUGCCCGUUUCGCCACUCUGGUCAUUUUUAUUCUUUUUCAUGCUGCUGACUGUUGGCCUGGACUCCCAAUUUGGAGCGAUAGAGGUCAUCAGCACGUGCCUGAUUGACUCCUUUCCUACAAGCUUGACUUCCAAACACGCCACGUUGACCGUCAUGAUAAAUGUAUUCGUCUACCUUCUGGGUUUACCCUAUGUUACACAGGCUGGAAUAUACUGGGUGACUCUCGUGGACCAGUUUGUCGCAAGUUGGGUGAUUCUGAUUUUGGUUCUCUUGGAAAUUAUCGGUUUCAUCUAUAUAUAUGGGGGAGACCGUUUUAUUCUGGAUGCUGAGAUGAUGCUGGGCAAGAAGAGCUGCGCUUAUUGGUUCUGGUGGAAAGCAUGUUGGUUCUUUAUCAGCCCCUGUGUCAUAGUGGUGAUUCUGAUCUGGUCUCUGAUGAGCUUUACACCCCCCACCUAUGGAACAGUUCCAUACCCAGCCUGGGCCCUGGCUCUGGGAUGGUGCACGGAGUCCUUUAUCCUUCUUUGGAUUCCGCUCAUUGCUGUUUAUAAGCUGAUAAGAGAACAGGGGACACCAUGGGAGCGUGUGAAGUCUCUGUGCUCUCCCUCGGAACACUGGCAUCCUUAUCUGGUCGUCCAUCGCGGUGAGCGGUAUGCAGAAGGUCGCUGCGGGCGCAUAAACAACAACAACCUCACUAGACCAGAACCCAGUUUAAACAUCAUCUCCAACACAUUGCUCUGAAGAGUAUUUUGACAGAAUUAAUUUUCAUUAACCUACUCUUUACCAAGUAAAGCAGAAACUGAACUUUGAACAGGUGACAAACUCGUAUAAUAUUCAAUAUGGUCUUAGCAAAUUAUGUACCAAGUUAUGUGAAAAAUGUUUUUUGUUUUUUUUUUAAUAUUGAAGGGAAUAGUUACCUUUCUCGCACACACCAUAUAACGGUUUGCAUUACUCUAACACACGUAAUAUAAUCAAUCAGGGAAUAGUAUCAUUUCUCAUAUUUUAUAAUAUAAACGAAUAUAAAAUAAAUAGCGCAUACACCAUAGUCUAAUGAAAAGAAGUAGAAUAGAGGGCAUAAAAACGCCAUCUUAUCACAGAAGCCUAAUGCGUCAUGAGCAAGAUUGACGCACCAACUCUUGCAAUCAGUUCUCCCGGGCACUCCAGGACAAACAGCAGGGCACUCUGUCCCAAAACAAGUAGCAUCGGAAAACACCCUCGCCCAACCAGGAUAACAACAUGAUAGCGCGGGCGCCUUGGACGUCAAGACCUGUGUCGGUCGCCGCGGCAAUAACGUCCCAGCCACGAAGGAUGACGCACGAACCUGACCUGCCCCAGAGGGAUGAUCCCAAGACAACACCCAGCCACGCCUUCGGCUCAGCCCACUC